AAGGUCACAACUUGCAAGUGUAUGUGUAUGUAAAAACAAUAUGGCGGCCAUGUUAUGCUGUACAUUGUAAGAAUUUCCCUGCAUUUCUACCGAGUUACUAGGGCGUAUUACUAAAAAUGACUUCAAGAAGGUGGUUUUGGCCAACAAUAAACGGCGUGGAAGCGGAAGCCCUUUUACAAGAACGUGGCAUUGAGGGUAGUUUUCUUGCCAGACCCAGUUCAUCGAAUCGGGGCGACUUUACUCUCUCUGUUUUACGAAAUGCGGAAGUUAUGCAUAUUAAAAUUCAAAAUUCCGGUGAUUUUUAUGAUCUUUAUGGGGGCGAGAAAUUUGCAACACUUUCAGAACUUGUACAGCAUUACAUGGAAAAUCAGGGUUAUUUGAAAGAAAAGAAUGGGGGAAUAAUUGAAUUGAAACAUCCGUUAAAUUGUGCUGAUCCAACAACUGAAAGGUGGUUCCAUGGUCAUCUUUCUGGAAAAGACGCCGAAAAACUCAUUUUGGAUAAAGGAAAAAAUGGUAGUUUCUUAGUUAGAGAAAGUCAAUCGAAGCCAGGCGAUUUUGUUUUAUCUGUUAGAACCGAUGAUAAAGUUACUCAUGUUAUCAUAAGGUGUACAGCAGAUCAAAGAUAUGAUGUCGGUGGUGGACAAAAAUUCGAUAGUUUAAGUGAUUUAAUAGAACAUUAUAGAAAAAAUCCAAUGGUGGAAACUUCCGGAACUGUUGUACAUCUUAAACAACCUUUUAAUGCAACCAGAAUUAACGCAACCGGUAUUCAUAGUAGAGUGAAACAAUUACAAAAAGAAAAUGGUCCAAACAGUUCCGGAAAAGCUGGAUUUUGGGAAGAAUUCGAAUCAUUACAACAACAAGAAUUUAAACAUUUACUAUCAAGAAAUGAAGGUGUAAAAAUGGAAAAUCGCAACAAAAACCGUUACAAAAACAUACUCCCUUUCGACGAAACUCGGGUAAAAUUAAAGAACGGAACUGGUUCGGAUUAUAUAAACGCGAAUUACAUCCGGUGGAAAUCUGAUGAUUCGAAUGCAAACGCUGAAAAUACCGAUCCAAAUGGAAAAGUUUACAUUGCAACCCAAGGAUGCCUUCCUGGUACCAUAGCGGAUUUUUGGCAAAUGGUCUGGCAAGAAAACUGUCGGGUAAUAGUCAUGACAACCAAAGAAAUUGAAAGGGGUAAAAAUAAAUGUGCUAAAUAUUGGCCGGAUGUCGAUACCAGCAAAGAAUUUGGAAAAGCGAAAAUCGAUAAUUUAGAUGAAUCUUCAACUGUGCAUUAUACUCGGAGAGAAUUUCGCGUGACCAUGGACGGUGAGGGGGAACCCCGAAAAGUUUUUCAUUAUCAUUUUCAAGCAUGGCCUGACCACGGAGUACCAGCGGAUCCUGGAUGCGUUUUAAAUUUCCUUCAUGAAGUGAAUAAACAACAAGAAACAAUGCGAAAAGAAUUACCUAACGACACUCCACCAGGAGCUAUCUUAGUACAUUGUUCUGCAGGAAUUGGACGUACCGGAACCUUCAUUGUAAUCGAUAUGAUUUUGGAUCAAUUAGAAAAACAUAAUUUAGAUUGUGAAAUUGACAUACAACGAACCGUUCAAAUGGUUAGAUCCCAGCGAUCAGGACUUGUUCAAACUGAAGCUCAAUAUAAAUUUGUUUAUCUCGCUGUUCAACAUCAUAUAGAAACAUUUACUCAAAGAAUGAACGCUGAUAAAAAAUCUUUACAACUUGGGAGGGAAUAUACAAAUAUAAGAUAUACAAGUGAUAUGAAUAACAUUAAUUCUGGUGGUAGUGGAAUGCCUUUACCACUACGAUCGCCAGGUGUAACUUACGCUUCAAUUCGAAAUGAAAGUGCAAGAAAAUCACCAAGACCUGUUAUGGACUUACCAAUAACAAGAUCUGUUGUUGAAGAAACAACAAACGUUUAUGAGAACAUUCCUACUAGAGAACGAAGGCUGUCGUCUGGUGUUAAUCCAACACCUUGUGCAACACCUUUACCACCACCAAGAAAGACAUGACCCUCUUCCAUUUAUGCGAGAUUUUAAUGAAGAAAACGAAUUACACGGCUUUUCGCUAUUUUGUACCUACGUGUUGUUUCUAUCUCUUAUUUUUACCACUACGAGAAAUAAAAUAAAAAGAAAGAAAAUUUUAACUAA